AUGGCUUCGGUGACGGAAGUGUUAGACGAGUCAGAAGAAGAUUUAUAUGAAUUUAGAAGGAAGAAAAGGCGCCCCGAAUUCCGGAAGAGGAAUGUGAUUAAAGAAAAGAGGGUCAAGGGUUUGGAGCGUGCCAACUGGAGAGGAAUCAGUGUUCCUAGGAGGGAAACAGGUGCAGAUUGCAGAUGCCGGCGUAAAUGUUUUGAGAAGUUGUCAUUUGCUAAGAAGGGACUACUGUGGACAGAAUUCAACAACACGCCCAACAAAGAUGGACAGGAUGUGUACUUGAGUGCUCACAUUCUUCCCUUCUUUCCAGAAGCAAGGAGACCACGCCCAAAUGCCAAUACCAAUCGUGGAAGGACAGCAAACUAUUACUAUAAGGCAGUUCCGAGGCGCAGGCCGUGGCGAGCGACACACGCACCGCGCACGACGCACCGCGCCAGCCCCACCAAUAGCAGCCACAGCAGCAGCAGCCGGGGAUCGCCGAGCGCGACCGCGUGUCUGCCGCCCCCGCCACGAGCGAACGCCCCGUGGACGCGACAGCGCCGCUGUCGUGACGGACACAGCUCCGCUUCCGCAGCCGACGACUCCGGAUCGAGCGGCGAGGGACAGGACCGCAAGGAGAGGGACGAGUGUGAACAGUGCGGACACGUGCGCGCGGUGAAUGUGAACCUCGUGCCGGGCGAAGCCGGGCCGGGCCCCUCGGCCGCCUCGAGGCGCCGGCACGCUCCCGCCCCCACAGCCGCCGCUGGCGUCGUGGCGACCACCGCCGCCGCCGCCGCCGCCGCCGCAGCCGCCGCCGCCCCCGCCGCCGCCUUCCUGGGCCUGCACCACGCGCACCACCACCCGCACCACGCCCACGGCCACGCGCACCACCACCACCAGCACCACACGCCGCCCCACGCGCCGGGCCCCGGUCCGGCACAUGCGGCCCCGGCCGCCGGCUGCUGCGCCCUCACCGCCGCCCACAACAUAGGCCGGCCGCACCCCGCCGCGCUGCUCCCCGCCAGUAUGCUGGUAGCGUGCGCGGGCUGCGACAAGCCCAUCCUGGACAAGUUCCUGCUCAACGUGCUGGAGCGCACGUGGCACGCCGAGUGCGUGCGCUGCUUCGACUGCCACGGCAACCUCACCGACAAGUGCUUCAGCCGCGAGGGCAAGCUCUUCUGCAGGAACGACUUCUACAGGCGCUACGGCACCAAGUGCGGCGGCUGCGCGCAGGGCAUCUCGCCGCAGGACCUGGUGCGCAAGGCGCGCGACAAGGUCUUCCACCUCAACUGCUUCACCUGCAUGGUGUGCCGCAAGCAGCUGUCCACCGGCGAGGAGCUCUACGUGCUCGAUGACAACAAGUUCAUCUGCAAGGACGACUACAUGUCGGGCAAGACGCACCAGGACUCGCUGCUGGGGUCGGGCUCGGAGGACGAGGACGAGGAGUGCGAGCCGGGCGUGGGCGGCGCGGCGGCGCUCAAGGCGGGCGCGGGGGCGGCGGGGGCGGGAGCCGGCGGCGGCGGCGCGGCGGGCGCUCACGGGGGCCCGGGCCAGCCGCCGCCCCACACGCCGCUACAGCCGCCGCCCGAGGCCAACAACAACGACAUGGUGGGCCCGCUGGUGGGCGGCGCGCCGCCGGGCCCGCUCGUGGCGCCCGCCGACGUCAAGCCGGGCCAGGACGACUCCGAGGACCAAGGCUCUCUGGACGGCGACCCGGAGACGCGCGACUCGCAGACGGAGAACAAAAGCCCCGACGACGGCAACUCGGGCUCGAAGCGACGCGGGCCGCGCACCACCAUCAAGGCCAAGCAGCUCGAGAUCCUGAAGACGGCCUUCUCGCAGACGCCCAAGCCCACGCGGCACAUCCGCGAGCAGCUCGCCAAGGAGACCGGCCUGCCCAUGCGCGUCAUUCAGGUGUGGUUCCAGAACAAGCGCAGCAAGGAGCGGCGGCUGAAGCAGCUGACGUCGAUGGGCCGCGGCCCGUUCUUCGGCAGCUCGCGCAAGAUGCGCGGCUUCCCCAUGAACCUGAGCCCGGGCGCCGGCCUCGACGACCCGCCGCCCGGCUUCCCCUACUUCGCCGCCGACGGCAAGUUCGAGUUCGGCUACGGCGGGCCCGCCGGCUUCCACCACGAGUUCUUCCCCGGCCACCACCCGCACCAGGCGCAGCCGCUGCCCUUCGCCGGACCAGGCGGCCCCAUGGAGCAGGGCGGCCCGGGGCCCGGCCUGCCGCUCGCCGCGGAGUUCGCGGGGCUCAGCGCAGAGCCGCCGCCCGGCUUCCUGCCGCAGCCGCCGCCGCCCGCCGACCAGAUCCUCGCCCAGCAGCGUGCCAGCCCCGAGUUCAUCAGCUCGCAGGGAGGUUUCUCGGAGACGCAGCAGAUGCAGAGUGAGGUGGUGUGGUGAUAGCGCCACCUGCAGAUAUACCCGCUCGUCGACGAGUCAGUAACGAGGAUAAGGACGACAGCGACGACGCCUGGUCACGCGUGAAGACGGACGCCAUCACCUCCGCUCCCCUGCAUCACCUGCCCGCCUAUCAACCACCCUUCAGCUAGGACGGCGACGGAAAGGUCAGCGCUACGCAGCCACCACUGCCGACUCGCGCCACCCAGUGGUCACCGGGAAUUCUCAGCGGGACACUGCGAGAACGACGGCGGUUGUUCUGAGCCCUCCCCACGGACGGGACCUUCCCAAGAUUUGUGCCAUUUAACCAGAACCGCAACCCUUAACAGUGCGCGACUGCGGAAAGUUUUGGUGUGACAGUGCAAGAGAGGAAGUUAUCGGUGUGUGCUCCAGAUGUGUUCAGGUGCCAGUGUAAACUGGUUGGACAUACUGCCCGGCCGAGAAGAAUCCAUCCUAAUUUCCGUGUUACGAAAUAUCAUAAGUGGUCCUCAUAAAGAGACUGUCUUUUGGCUGGUGACAUUUUGGAGGGUGAAGAUAGUGAAUAACAAUCCGAUGGCUGCAAUGUUGUGAUUGUCAAAGAAGACUCCAAGUGCAGAAAUGUCCUGUUUCAGAUACGACGGGUACUGUCCAGUUUUCGACGCCGACUGAUGUCCUAACCGAGGGAAAGUGUGCUGUUCUCAGUUCUUCUGUGCUGAACUCAAUUGUGAAUGACGGUGAAUCUCUGCAACAAUGUAACCGACAAAUUUAAUAUUGCGUGUUACUCCAGUAUAUGUACAUAAUGAACACUGUGCUGACAUUUUCAAGGUAACGGCAGUCCGUUAUAUACCGGUGUGAGCUUUUCCCCCCAGAACCUUAUCAGAAAGCGAGUGAUAAUACGUUUAUACUUUGUUUUCAUUAAUAUAAUAAUUAUUUAAGAGACAGCCGGCGAAAGCUUUCCCAGUAUGCAUCCGCUGUCGGGCAAGUUGCUGUGCGUGAGGAUGUGAGCUAUUCUCACAUCAUACCAAUUAGCCGACAUCACACACCUUCCGACUGGCAAAUAGUGAGAAAAGUCGAAGACGAAACGAUAGAUACAAACUCUGUGUGCGCAGCGUGCUCCGCUACGGUGCUAACUUUAAAUAUGUAGCGAUUGUAAAGGGUCCGAGCAGUUAACAGACGGCGUUUCAUGCGAAUACUCGCAUCUGUCGUAAGCUGCCUAAUGUCUAUGAAUGGAAUAACUUUGUGGAAUGAAGCACAUGCUGGAAGGAAAAGUGACUAGAUUUGUGUUUAAAAAUAAACGGAUGUUAAGAGUUUAACGCUUUGAGAUAUUUAGGCUGCGGACUUUUUCGCACUUCAGCAGAGGAAAAAAGUUGUUGAAUGCGAUAAUCUCUCCGUGUCGCAUCGUUUCGUUUCGCGCCAAUGCGCUACUGUGGAAGCUUUCUGCGAAAAGUGUAGAGCAAAGCCAGUGUUACGAUGAUGCUUAACUUGACCCAAUAUGUGUCACAUUUCCUAAUGUACAGUCAGUGUAAAUAACAAUAAGUAAAUCCGCAUUGUCCUCCUCUGUAGAUAAAACAGCUGUGUACUUCGCUAUAUAAAUAUAUAUAUACCAGAAAAUAUGUUAAAACCUGAAGAAAAAAUUAAGAAAUCACUACUUCUGUAGGUUUUGAAUGUAGCUGGCCUCAGAUAGCGUCGCGUACGUGUUGUUUUGUUGAGGGAAUAAAUGUAUGGAUGAACCACCCGCACUGUUUCUUUUCUGGACGUUUGAUUGCUCUUGUUCACUCGAUGCUGUCACAUGGUGUCAAGAAAUGAAAACUCAAAGUAUAAUACAGAAAAUUAUUCUGUCUGCCUUCGAAAUGCAGAGAUCGUGUUCAGAAAAUCACCACAAAACCCAUGGGCAACAUCGGGUUUGCAAUUUGCAUUUUAUUUUGUAAUCACAAAUCGUAACUGUUCCCUUGGAACGACAAUCCUGCACUUGAUGUAAAAAGAAGCUUAAAGAGCGCACUCAGUGCGUCUGCUUCAUCCUUGUGAAGAAUUUAGUCACAACUUUCGAACGUUUUAAAAGUAUGAGGUAGAGCAAUUAAAACGGAAUGAUCGCAUGUGUGCACAUUUCCUCCCGUAAAGUAACUGCGUCAAGAUAGCAGCUAAUUGGUUCACUUAAUUUUGUAAAAUUCUCUCAACAGCUUCGAUAUGUUCUAAAACUUAUUUCAACGUCAUGCCGAAUGUUGAAUGUUAAAAAUAAAAUAUUAUUUCCUUAUCACAAUCA